AUGAAGUUCGCACUUGGUGUUCUCGCCCUCGUCUCGGCUCCGGCCAUGGCAUACCAGGUUGGUGGUCCAUUCGAUGUCUUUGGUCGUCCCUACGUGGUCAGUCCUCGAGGACGCUUUCAAAACAACUUUCGCCGUCGUCGUCGCUUCUGCGAUAACAACAAUUGCGUGGAUCGAGCCUUUGAAGACCUGAACAAGGAGAUGAAUGAGGACAGUGCUCGUCGUCGCACGGAACAGUUCAAUAAGUACUGGAACAAGAAUGGAAUGGAUGAGGAAUCGCUCCGUCAACAAGAGGAAUGGAUCAACCGCGCUUUCGGCCUAGCGACGGAUGUUGCUAAGGGAAUGGCGACGUCGCCCCGAGAGGCGGAAGAAGCCAAAGAAGCGAUUCGUCAAUCCAAAGACAUUUUGGACAACAUCAUGAAAUUUACCAAGGAUGCUUCCUCUGGUCGACCCUACACUCCUGUGCAAUCCGAAGUGGUUCAAGAUGACGAUCAAGCCUUUCAGGUAAGCAUUGAUGUCCCUGGUGUGAAGGCGGAUGAUGUCGAUGUGGCCGUGGAGGGAGUCAAGGAAAAACUUUUGGUUGUCCGUGGUCAGAGAGAUCUCGGAGGCUCUAAGGACGAGGAUGGAAAGGUUCCCACCAAGGACUUUCGUAAGGUGUUCGCUCUUGACUCAACCUCUGUCAUCGACAAGAUAUCUGUGAUUCUCGAAAAUGGAGUCUUGACGGUGACUGUUCCCAAGGAUGCCACGUUGAAGGUGGAAUCCACCGUCAAGAUCCCUGUUGCCAAAAUUGCGGACGACGACGCUAAGGCAGCUCCUUCGGACGGUCAGACUUUUGAGCUGGAAAUGGAUGUGCCUGGUGUGGCUGCGGCCAAUAUCGACAUCACGGUAGAGGGGGAAUCCUCGGACAAGACGUUGAUGAUUAUAGCCACGAGGGAGUUAGUAGGCAAGGACAGCGAUGGCAACCCAAAGAAAAAGGAGAUGACCAAGAAAUUCAGUAUUGAUGAGAUCGUUGACACGGAGAAGCUUGUAGCCACCUUGAACAAUGGAGUGCUACGAGUUUCAGCUCCAGUCGAUGUAAAGAAGACGGAAGAUUUCAUCAAGAAGAUUGACGUGACUCAAGCAACAGACUCUGAGAAACCUGUAGAUGUUAAGGCUCCCGAAGAUCCCACUGAUGAAGGCAAUGAGGCUUCCAACUGA